CAUACAAUGAGGGUCUGUGUAUAGUAGCUCUUGCUAUUGCUUCGGUGUACCACACGGACAAAUGAUUGUCAAUGGACUAUUUGAGACGGAUCUCAAGCAGUUACUGCGACGGCUAUCUGCGUUUCAUCUGCCAGGUUUUUGACUUAUUUGCGACCAGAUUCCUGUCCGUAUCAAGAUGGAAAACCAAAGACAGAAAGAAUUCAUUUCCGAUCGAAAAUGCCGUGAGUCUUGAAGUUUAGUGGAUUUUGUGUGUUUUCACAUUCUCCCUCGUUUGAGACGAUCGCUCACUUUCAAUUUAUAGACUUGAUAGUCGCACUCUUUCAUAAUUUAAUAAAUGUGACAUAUUUUAUAUUAAAUAGGGUGAAAGUGUACUAGGGAUGUCGCAUGCCGAUGGUCGAAACUCAAGUUGUGCGUGCCAUGGUUUUGAAUCAUCCAGGGUAUUCACAUUGAAUAUAGCCUGUUUAUUGUGAGCAGAGGUCUGGUCGAUAAGAGCAGAUUCCUUCCAGCUGUGGCUCCACGAGCGUUUCAUCAUUUCGCCUUUAAUUAUACACUGGCGAAGUAGCCUGGUAACACCCCAGUAAAUAAUAUUCAAUUACUUUGUAACUUUUUAAAGCCCGUGUGAAAAAAUACUUGGGAGUUUACAUGGGCCUAAUCUUCCUGUAAUAUUUUAAUAGCCUGUCAUUUGAUUAAUUUCCAUUUAGUUUAACAGAAUUGUUGUAAAACAUUUUAACGCUCAGCCAAACAUCGCCUCUUUCCUGUAAGUGACUCAAUAUUUACAGUCCAGAUUUUCUUUCUUUUUUCCCCCCCACACAUGGGAUCAUAGCUAAGUAGUUACGUCUUUCUUUCGUCCAUGCCCUUACUCUGGUCCAUCAUAAGCUCAGUGGGCCUCGGUUUUUAUAAACUUGUCAGAGACCUACGGGCAUGGGAGAGGCGACCCCCGCACAAUCUGCUGCAGGGACAUUCGUACCCAUGUUGGGUGUUGGUUUAGGAGGUAUGCCCGGUGGGGUUGGCAACGGGGCGAUGGUGGCCACCUCAAGAGGCUCAGCAGUCCCCCAGCUGCACAACGCCAUAGUGGAGCGUUUGCGCGCCCGCAUAGAGCUGUGCAGAAGGCACCACUCCACCUGCGAGAAUCGUUAUCAGAGAGGUCAGGCCGAGAGCGCUGACCGGGAACACGAGAGUACACUUCAUCUGCUCAACAUUGUCCAACAAGGGCCUGGAAACCGCAAGACUAAAAGCAGCCGGGGGUCGAACCAGCAACCCCCUGAGUACAGCAGGGUCAACGGUGAGCAAAAAGGACCAGAGGGCGAACAGAAGAUUUCCACGCGCAUAGCGCUUCAAGGAUCUCUGCGAAGGAAAAUUGAGGGAAAUGCACCAAAGCAGAAUGGCCUCUCCUGUGGUUUCUCUACAUCUGACUUCAAGCGUGUUCGUAUGGACACAGGUGGUCUGGGAACUGUUACCUGCAACCACAACUUAACUCAGUCCCAUUCUCUGCAAGGAUCUUCAACCACUGGCAUGCAGAGGAAGAAUUACAUGAUGCCUCAUGGACUGGGAUCAGACAUAUUCAACAUGACUCUUAAAGAGAUGAAAAAAGAGCCCACAGAGAUCCAGUCUUGUGGCCAGUCAAACUCAGAAAUGAUUUUUGACUUUAAGGAAGAAGGUGGUGGUCAAAUUGACCCAGAGCUCCAAGAUCUGUUUGAUGAGCUGACAAAGUCGGUGCCCCCACUGAAUGAUCUUGAGUUUGAAAAGAUGAUGAAGCAGGAUGAUACGUUUGGUUUGGAUUUAGGUCGACCAAGCUCAGCUGGAGCGGCUCCGAGUUUGUGUUCACCAAUGGAGAAGCAGAUAAAGACAGAGCACUCACCAGAUUUUGGCCAGGUUCAUGGGGGCUCGCCACAGCUUAGACCAGCCUCAGCUGGUCCUUCUUUUACACUGACCAGCACAUUUUCUACCAACACACCACAGAAAGCUAACACUCAAGCAGGAAAUCCCAGAGCAAUGCCCUGUUGGCCAGAAAUAUCCCACGCUCAGCAGCUCAAGCAGAUGGCUGCAAACCAGCAGCAGCCAAAUUCUCUUCUCCUUCACCACCACCAAAACCUACCUGUGGGAAUGACCAGUUGGACUCCUGCGAACGCCCAGUCUACCACCAGCACUUUUCCCCAAGAAAAGGCCUCCAGCACAGCCCCACUUAGCCAGCAGAGGAUUGGGUCCCAUAACAAGGGGAUCAGCAACUGCCUCUUUAAGUCAAAUGGCCUCAAUGGCUCCCAUCUACUGGACAUGAAGGGUCUCAGCACCAAGCCCUCAUUGCACUUCAGUCCCAAAGCAUCUCAUUCUGCCAGCCAGCCCAUGUCUAUCAUAUCAAGCCCAGUGAACAAAACAGAGUCACAACAACCGUCACCAUCACCCAGCCAGAAUCAGCCACAUUCAACUCUUCAUUUCCAGAACCAACAGAUCUCAACAUCAGGGGCCCUUUGUCUACAACCCAAGUCUGUUUCUGCAGGGCUGCCAUUCAGAAUGUCUCCACAGCAACAGGGAGUUCCUACUGGUCCAAGGCUGCCCACUAAUGGAAGCUUAGGAGUCAUGUCAGCUCAGUCACAGCCACAGCUCUCAGAAUCCACCAACCAGCAGAAAGGCCCAGCCAAAACCCAGACCAUGCAGAGACCGUUUAACCAGCAACAGCACACCAUCAACAAUUCAGACAAAGACAAUACACACGAUCAGUUCAGUCGACAUCUUACAAGACCGCCACCAGAUUACAAGCAGUCGAGAAACAUGGUGGCAGUUCAGCAAGGAAAUAUCUUCACAGGUCAAAACUCCUCCCAGUCUCCCAGCAAUGGUCCUGAGAAUAAUCUACAGUCCAUAUCCUGUCACCACCCAACUGGGCCGGCUUCAAAGCUGAGCCCUUCACCAUCGGACCGCAGAUUUGGUAUUGGGACAGAUUGCAACCAGAGUUCUUGUAUUGGCCAGUUCCAGCAGCAAAACAAUCACCAUCGUGUUGGACUGAGUCAAAAUAAACCUAGGUUCAUGGGGCCUAGCACACAAGGAAAAUCCUUUGGGAUGAACAAUGUAGCAGGUGUACAACACCAGAGAGGAACAGCUGACUUGCAUUCCUCUGGGGUGCCAGGACAGGGUCUAGGGGGCUUGAUGACAAAUGUCAGCAUAGGAUGGGGUUCAGGAAACAAGCAAGUGACAGCUGGACUCGGCAUUAGGCGUCUACCCAACCAACUACAGUUGCAGAGGGUGCAGGACAUGCCAAACCUUCCUUACCAACAGAGGCACAUGGGCCCUCCCAACCAGGUAGCCACAGACAUUGGGAUGCUCCCUCUGAACCCCCCCAUGAGAGACACCAGCUCAAGACAAAACCAAGCAAUGAUAGGGUCUCCAUCACCGGUAGGAAACCUGAACCAGGCCUCUCCUGAACAGAGGGUACCAGCAGGUAACUUUGUAGAGGCCAGUCCCAGUUCUAGCAGCUACCAUAAUAACAGAUCCAACCGUCUGAUCUUUGACUUCCUCCCUGAAGGAGACAACACAGUCCCAGGAAUCAAUGCAGACUCAGACUUCAUUGACUCCCUGCUCAAAUCUGGCUCUGGGAAUGAUGACUGGAUGAAAGAUAUAAAUCUGGAUGAGAUUCUGGGCAGUCACUCAUGAAUUUGGGUCCCAGAUUGUUUAAAAUUGACCAGCAGCUCAAAUUAUAGAAACCAUGGUUGUAUGUUGAAAGGGAUAACAUUUGUAAGUAACGUUAAAAAGAUUUUUAUAAACUCAUAUUAUUUGUUAUCCAAGUAUAUAAAUUGUAUUUACUGUGAAAAGAAUGUGUGUUCUGUUCUCAAUAAUCUGUGUAUUCUUUCCUGGUAUAUUAGCCAUGAAACUGCUUUUCUUUGCAGUCUCCGUUUGUGUGGACUGUAUUUCCAGCUUUAAUGCUGUGCUUAUAGGUAUAAGACUAAAUUCACACUGUGAAAACAAAACAUUACUGUGUUAAUUUUAAAAUCAUCGUGUUUUAAGUUUCUAAGUCUUCAUCAGCAGUUUAGCAUGGCAUGGUAUUUACCUGCUCAAAUUCUGCCACCACACUUGGAGCGUCUUGUCACAGCAGAUGUUUGCUCUUUAUUGUGUAAACCUUUAAUCUGUGGUAGUUUUCAAUGCAGUUUAAAUAGUGUAAUCAUUAUUUUUAUUAUGUGAUAUUUAAUAUUUGGGAUAGUACUUAGACAUCACUAUACAUGUAAUUAACAUUUAUUUGAAUAAAGUGAUGCUUUUGUUUGUUUUCUUCAACGUUUCUCCCUGGAAUGUACUAUUUUACUGACAGUGUAUAAUAAAUAUACCAAGAAA